AUGCUGCCGUACCUGUUCCCCGAUCUGUCCACCUUUACUACAGUCGCCGAUCUUAUCACCCACCUUCGCACUAGUGAUGCUCGCCUGCGUGCCGCCCUUCCCACCGAGUUCUGCGCUAAGAACCCCCCUCCACUGUACUGGACACUCCACUUCAUAGUCACCCGUCUCCCUGACACCCUCCGCUCAGUUCGAGACCACUUCCUUGCUCGCUGUCCCACUGAGCUCACAGUCGCCCUCCUAGAGGAGCACCUGCUCGCGGCCGAAAAGAGCAUUGUAGCUGUCGGUGCUGCUCGUGGCGCUCCUCGCACCCCCAUCUUUGAGGGGUGUUCUCCCUCUCCCCUCGCUCCCUCCUACGCUGCUGCUGUUGCUGUUGACUUCCUUGGUGCUGAGUCUGUUGGCGCUGCUUCUACUCCUGGUGGGAGGCGCCGCACCGGCAAGGGCAAGGGGGGCAAGGGUGGUGGUGGUGGCGCUGGGGGGGGAGGAGGUGGGGGAGGUGGGGGGGGAGGCGGUGCUGGAGGGAGCGGUGGCGGGAGCGCUGGUGGGAGUGGGGUCGGUGGUGGAGACGGGGGCGGCGGAGGGACCAGUGGCAGUAGUGGCGGCGGCGGCGGUGGCGGCGGUGGCGGUGGUGGCGGUGGUGGCGGUGGCGGUCGGAGCGGUGGCAGUGGUGGCGGCGGAGGUCGGAGUGGAGGCACUGGCUCUGGCCAGAGCUCCCAGCAGCAGCAGCGUCCCCAGACGACCCAGCAGCUUCGUGAGUGGCUUGCUCAGCGUGGGACGUCGGGGGCCAGUGCCCGCUGUUCUUAUGUCAUUCGCACAGGUGACCGCAAGGGACAGACGUGUGGGAGCUCAUGA